AUGGAGAAAGACAAGCCCCCACAGUUGGUGACCCCCACAUCAGUGACAGCCAUCAUCUCGAGGAUUGAGGCUGCCCAGCUAACUCGGGCUCAGGAGGAUAUUUCUUCCCAGCUCUCAGACAUCUUGGACAAUGUCAAUUGUGUCAUCAACCGCUUCCAGGAAGAACUGGGAUAUGAUAUAAAAGAAAAGGCAAAAUCUCACCAGAUGGAGCAAAAGGGCAAGAACAGAUUCAUCUUGCUAGAGAAAAUUGCCUCCUUCUCCAAAGAUGCUAAGACUAAAGAGAAGCACUUGUACGAAAUUCUCCGCUGGCUAGGUGACUGGGGUGACAGUCUGACAUAUGAGAUCAGGAACAGGAAGAGUGAGGAGGAAGAGGAAGGCCUGGAUGAAUGGAUUGAGGUGAUGGAGAAGGUGUUACCUCUCUCCCUCAUCACCACCAAAGGAGGCAUCGAGUCUCUCAUUUCCCUUUGCUCCACUCUCAUUGAAGGACAAAAGAAAAGCGUACAAAGGUCCAAACAUAACUUUUGGCAAGGUUGGCAGCAAGAAAGCCCACAAAAAUCUGCAUCCUUCCCUCAGCCACUGAGCCCAGAGCAGAUGCUCCAGGACAAGAAUACGACCUGCACCAGGGUCUCUGAGGUGAAGUCCAUGCUGCAGGAGCUGCUGGACUCUACCAUGUUCAACCAAGGAGAGGUCAGGGCCAUCAGGUACAUGUCCACUGUGGUGGAGAACCUCAAUAAGGCCUUGAUCCUCCAGCACCAGGAGAACAGGAGCCUGGAGACCAAAUACAGGCACCUGAAAAUAGAGAUGUGCAAGGAAAUCUGCAGCCAGAGGUUAUACUCCCAGCAGUCCCUCCAAGUCCUUGAGAGUAAGCGGGAUGCCCUACUAAAGCAGGUGGAAAUGAUAGGGGGAAAGUACCAUGACCUUCUCCUGAUAAAGCAUGCCUUAGAGUUCCAGCUAAAGGAGGCUCAGUCUGCUAGAGGUCAAGCAGACGACUCGGCCAAGAUCUUCGUUGAAUCCCCGACCCCCCCUGAGGAAGGGACCCUCCCUGAGAAAGAACCAGGCAUGGAGGAAAUCCAACAGGAACCCAAGAAGGAAGAGCAGUUGUUUUCACCACGUCCCACGGCCAUGGCCAGGGACAGUGGUGCUAGGUCUUCCACACACCCGUCACCUUCCACCAUGACCAUGCAAUGGAGGAUCGCAGAUGUGUACAGCAGCAAGGAUGCUGAGAGUCUUCAGCCUGUGUUGCCAUCCUCAGUGGAUCACAAGUUUCCUAAGAAAUGGGAAAUAACGGUGGCAGAGAGCCCAGGCCACAUAGUCAAAGACCAGAAGGAUUUCUUCCAGGAAGCAGCCCAGGAGAAAGAAGGACUCCCAAUGAAUUCCCAUUUUAGGGAUCAGCUGUCCCCAGAGAGCUCCAGGAAGGUGGCCUUGGAGAGCAAGGUGCAGCGCUGGGAAGAGGAGCUCAGCUGGGAGAGGCGGAGGCAGCAGUGGCUGGAGGAGGAGGAGAUGUGGCUGCAGCGACAGAAGACGUGGGCCCUGCUGGAGCAGGAGCACCAGCAGAAGCUGCGGCAGUGGGAGAUGGAGGAGGUGGCAAAGGAACAGCAGCAGAGAUUGGUCCAGCCGGAAAAGGAGCAAGGGGGCCCCCAGAGGGAGCCGGAGCCGCUGAGGGAGGAUGUGGACAGGACGACCUUCAUGACCUCCAGGCAAUGGAGAGAUUUGGAGAAGGCAUGGCUGACACCUCCCCCAAGCCGGGCCCAAUCUGCAUGCCAAGGCAGGAGCCCACACUUGCCCAGCUCCCCUAAAAUCCAGCAGCCUACCCCUAAAACUCAGAGGAUCACCAUUUCAGCUGAUUUUACCCAGAAACCAUGGACCCGCCGCGUUCCCACAAAGCCCAAGAAAUCAGCCUCUGCUCCUGUCACAGGGGGAUCCAUCUGCAAGGUGGCCCAGCCGCCUUUGCAUAUAUCGCCGAUAACUCUGAAGGGGAAGGUGUACCACAUGGACGUGGAGGCCCAGAGGAAGAAUCUGCAGCUCCUGAGUGAGGGUGCGGAGUGGAGGCUGCCCCACUACCUGCGCAGCAGGGCCCUGGAGCUCACCGCCACCACCAUGGGGCUGAGCGUGCUCAGACUGCAGGGCCUGUGCCAUAAGUAUAUCCUCUACAGACACUUCCAGAGCCUCCGACAAGAAGUGAUCAACCACAUACAAGCCUUGCGAGAAACGGGGACUCCCUACGAGGCCCAGAACCUCUACAUCUUCCUGGAGCACACUGACCGUCUGCGGGAUCUCCGUCUGCAGGCCUUGACGGACAGGCAGAAACAUCUGGAGGAGAAGCGCCAAAAGUGCCUGAGCAGCAUGGUCACCAUGUUCCCCAAGCUCCAGCUGGAGUGGAACAUUCACCUCAACACCCCUGUGCUCACCUCUCCAAAGCCAAGGAAAAGCAAGCUGUCCUCAUCGUUACACCGGCAGGUCCACUCCAGCGGCCCCUCCUGCAAGCAGCCCCCAGAGAAUCUUCCGUCCACACACCGGGCACGUGUGCCCCUGUGGAUGGCCCGCCAACAAGGAAACCAGAUGGAGACCGUCUGGAAGACUGAUGUGGCCUCCUCUAGUCACCCAAUAGAAAAGAAGACCCCCACCAGCCUGUCCUGGGACCAGCUAGGGGGGUGCCCAGAUAUUCCCCGGCUGUUGGCCCUGGAUGUGCAUUCCUGCUACCAUAAAAGCUUGAUGUCCCUCAAGGCCCGGUGA